AUCAAGCUCACCUCUGGUUUGCGCGGCAAAAAAAAAGCACAAAAGGCCUAGCCCGAUCCCAAAAGAUACUCUCAUGACGUACACACUCGUUUGUGUUACAAAAGCUUAUCAGACGCGCCCUCGGGGUCCCGAAUCACGCAAUACCAGCCACAUAUCCCGAUAUCGUCACCGAAGGAAUGCAGAAAAAGGGGACAGUUCUGUGCCGCGUGGCUUCAUGGCCGGAAACCCGGCCCAUCGCCAGGCGGCUUCAGGCCCCACGCUCUGGAUAACCCCCCAUGCGCCAAGGCAUCCGUCCGCCUUGGCGGGUGCUCACGACUGGCGCCGAGCCCGGUGGUGAACCCACACGGAUCCCGGCCGAUGAUGUAGCUUCGCAGGGUACACUCGCGGGGAUGAUCAGAGAUUUUUUUUUCAUGUUGUUGUUUUUCUUGAUUGGGUUUUUUUUUCAUCUGACUUGCAGGGAAACUACGGUACGUUUUUUGCAAUUGUUGGAAACCUAUCAAGCCUAUCAACAAGAAGACCUGGUCCGAAACAAUGUAGGAUUAACAAUGGAUGCCCCAGUCUCUCCCAAUUUUGGGAAUUGCUUGGCCGAGGUACAUUGUAAUCGGAAAAGGAUUUGGUCUUGGCCUUCAUCAGGGUCUGCCCACAAAGUUGGCUGUGGCUCUGAAUAAAAAGGACAGUCGAGUCCUGUUGGUAUUCAGAAUCCCCAAGCCAAUAAGCAAUACUUUCCUAUGGGGUUCACACCCAAUUAAAUGCAGUUUGUUUCAAGCUUUUGAUCGUCUCACUUUUGUGAAGGAAAAAAAAAGAGGAGAGUGUCAGUAAAAGGUCUGCAGAUAGCGAGUGAUUAGGGCGAGGUUCUCCCACAAAACCCGCCCCCAGUGGCUUUUCUUUUUACCCCUGACGCGCACGAGAUCCGAUCCCCCCAACGAUGGGAAUGCUCCGCAAAGUCGGGCACUGGUUCGCGCCAGCAGCGGACAAGGCCGACGAUGGGCGCGACGUGUGGCCGUCCCGGGCGGCGUUCCUCCUGGCGUCGAUGGGCGGGUGCGCGGGCAUGGGGAACCUGCUGCGGUACCCGUCGACGGUGUACAACAACUACGGGCUGCAGUGGUUCAUCCCGUACCUGAUGUGCAUCUUCCUCAUCGCGAUCCCGGUGCUCACGCUGGAGAUCAGCAUCGGGCAGGCGUACCGCGGCGGCAGCGUGGUGGCGUUCAACAACAUCAACCACCGGCUCAAGGGCACGGGGUUCAGCCUGCUGUACAUUGGCUUCAUCGUGGGGCCGUACUUUGUGGUGAACCUGGCGUGGAUCAUGACCUACUUUCGCUACAGCUUCCACAGCCCCCUGCCCUGGGCCGACGACCCCUCGGGCUUCUUCGACCGGGUGGUGGCGAACCCGGAACCCGUGGCCGGCAGCCUCAACGCCGACGGCACCGCCAUCGAGAGCUACACGCGGUACGCGGCCAUGGGCAUGGUGGGCGAGACGGUGGGCUGGUGCGCCUUCACCUGGUUCCUGGUGUGGCUGUGCAUCUUCCGCGGCGUCGGACUGACCGGCCGCGUCGUGUACUGGACCAUGGGCCUGCCCAUCGUCAUGACCAUCAUCCUCAUCGGCCGGUCCGUGUCUCUGGAGAACGCGGGCGAGGGCGUCAAGCUGUACUUUGCCACGUGGCGAGGCGAGCAGCUGGCGCGCGGCUCCGUGUGGCAGACGGCGUGCGGGCAGGUCUUUUUCUCCACCGGCGUGGGCUUUGGCUACUUUACGUCGUACGCGAGCUACAACAGGAAGCACUCCAACGCCGUCAUGGACUCGUUCCUCAUCAUCCUGAGCAACAUGGUGUUUGAGUGCACGGCGGCCUUUGCCGUGUUUGGCGUCGUGGGUUUUCUCCGCAUGUUCCCGGAGCCCGGCGCCGCGCCCAUCGGCGGCUUCACCAUCGGCUUCCUGACCCUGCCCGCGGCGGUGGAGCAGAUGCCCGGCGCCAACUUUUGGGCCAUCGCGCUCUUCUUCACCCUGAUGGUGCUGGGCUUCAGCUCGGCCUUUGCCAUGCUCGACGCCGUGGUCACCCUGGUCAUGGACUCGGGCGUCAAGCUGCCGCGGCCCGCCGUCGUGUCCUCGCUGACCGUCCUCUCCUUCCUGCUGUCGCUGCCCUACUGCACCGAGUUUGGCUACUACCUCCUCGACGGCGUCGACCGCUGGAUCAGCGACGUCGCCCUCGUCUUUGUCGUCUUUGCCGAGUGCACCACGUCCACCUCGCUGUACCGCUGGCGCGACGUGGCCGGCCAGGUCGGCGCGAGGUCCUUUUGCCUCUACAACGUCGGCUACUUUGGCGGGCUCGUGUCUGGCGUCGCCGCCGGCAUCGCGUCCAGGGCCGAGAUUGGCGCGGGCGUGGGCUUUGGCGUCUACAUCAUUUUUGCUGCGGCCUCUGUGUUUGUGGGCAAAGUGCCAGACGCGCCAGUGCCGACCAAGUUUGGGGGGAAUGUGUUUUUGCAGCGGUUUUAUUACGUUGCUUUUUACUCGGGCCACCAACUCACCAAGGACCUCAACGUCAUAGUGGCGCAGGGCAACAACUGGUCCAUCCCUGUGUUCUGGGCGCCGAUGCUGCGCUACCUGUCGGGCCCCAUCCUGGCCAUCGUCUACGGCUUCAGCUACCCUACGUUCCACGAGAAAAAGGUCGACCCGCUGCACAUCUUUGGCUUCUUCACCGGCCACGUGGUGCUCGCGCUCGCGCUGCUGGGCCUCGUGGCGCCGCGCUGGUUCGACGUGCUGAUCCCGCCGCACAGGCGCGACGAGGGCAGGCACCCCUACGCGCCGCGCCUGACCAUGGACCCGGACGCGCCGGCGCGCGACAGGACCCUGGAGGGCAUGGACGACGGGACGGGGCGCCACAGAGCCGCAGAGCUGCGUGGGGACGAUGACGCGGUGGCCGAGAUGCAGGCUGCCAAGGAGGGGCAUGGCGAUGCAGCCCUGGGAACGACGGGGAGCAGGGCGACGGAUAUGGACGUGGUUGCGUCAAGCAGUUCGGGAGAAAGCCCCAGGGAGAUUAACAAGCAGAUUUAGUUUUUGGCUGGGUGGGGUUUUGAAUAUAUUUUAACUCGAGUGGGGAUUCCGUUUAUUUUUUUGUCUUCUUUUUUUUCUUGUUGAUCAAACUUUGUUGUCGUUCAACUACAGUAGACAUCCAAUCUAGACUCUUGGUGGGUUCUCGUACCCUUCACGCAUGUCAACCUCGGAUUGUGGGCACUUUACUUGCAAUACUUUGUACCUACUGUUACGGAUACUUACUAUGUAUGUUAUCACAUAUGCCAAGAACAGGCUUGGCAAGAUGCCCACCAACGUGUUUGGUGAUGGUUCAAGUCCCCACAACAAAGAAAAGGACAAAAAAACCAUCAUGUUCGGUUGGAUCUGCACCUUGGUGGCGAACGAGAACUAAGUAGAUCAAAUCAUAGGUUCAAACAACCAAGCAUUGGCCAAGGGAUCAAAGCUGAUCCGGAAACAAGCCUUGCAAGCUUU